AUGAGUUCGAGGAUCCACCAAGCAACGAGCGCAGUACCCGAGAUUGACAGUGUCAUCGCAUCAACAUCGCGUACUCCUUUCAUCGAGGAACUGACGGAGGUUAAACUCCGAAAGAUGGACAAGUUGCGUCUCCCGGAAUACAAACCAGGAGGAGAUCCCGUCGAGCAUUUGACAGCUUUUAAUAUUGCGGUAGCGAGGGCCAGACUUGCCCCCGAUGAAAGAGACGCGGGAUACUGCCAACUUUUCAUUGAAACACUCAACGAGCAAGCCUUAACCUGGUUCUCGGGACUCGAAGAGAAUUCAAUUAGAAGCUUCAAAGAGCUCUCCUCGGCUUUUCUCAAGACUUACAUCAUGUUCACCAAGCGUGAAGCAACGGCUUCGACUCUCUGGAACCUCAAGCAAACGAAGGACCAGAAUCUUCGUGAUUACAUGGAACGUUUUAAGUCGGUCGUGUCAAGAAUCAAUAUCCCAGACCACAUCGCCGUCGAUGCCUUGAGGAACAAUCUCCUUGUGGAAUGUAAGUUCCGAGAAGAUCUCUAUCGAUGCACCGCCACGACGUUGCAAGAUGCCGUUGCUCGUUCUCACAACUUCAUUCGUAUGGAAGAAGACACUAAAGCGAUCUUGAGCAAGCACAACUCGGCGAAGCCAUCAGCGCUUAAAAACGCUGCCACAGCUCACGUCGAACCUCGUCAACAUGCUCCAAGUGACAAAAACAACCGUAAGAACGGCCUCCUUUACGUCGUCGACGAAAACGGGAAGAAGUGGAACACCUUUCAUCGGGAAACCGAUCCUCCAAGUGAAUCCCCCCGAGCAACGGUGCCAGCCACGGUUGCCCAGGUCGAUUCGGCAGCAGGAUCUUCCCGGACCCCACCAGGGCUUACUAAAUCGUGCAAACUCCACGGUGUAAAAGGUCACGACACUUCAGAGUGCAAAACACUUUUUGCGCAAUUCCUCUCCUCACUCGAAAGCGGUGAAAUUAAGAUCCCUCCUCCGAAGCCAAAAAGCGAGAACAGUUGGAGCAGAAACAAGGACAGGAAAAAUCAGCGAAAAAAUCAAGCAAAACCACGUCAAGACGACCAAAAGCCAAAGGUCGCCGAGCAAAUCCCACAUCAAGACGACGAUGACGAAGAGAGCGAUCUCGAGGAAGCCCUCGACCCGUUGGACUUACGUGUACUCCUCAAACGAAAGACCACGUCGACGAAUGACAAGACUCCCGGAUCUUCCGAUCUCCGAGUCGAGCUCAAUGCUAAAAGAACUAAGCAUUCGCUGAGCCCAGGAUCUUCACUGGCAACUACGGACGGCAAUCCUAUCGUCGAUCUACGAGAUCAGCUUAACGCGCGAGUCAGCGAUCUGCGUGCAAAGCUGGACCACAAAAAAGCCGGGUCGCCGAAAGAAAGCGAAGACCUCCGAGCUCUUCUCACCAGGAAGCAAUCAAGUGUCAGGCCGCGGAUCAACGUGAUUAUGGGAGGAUCUCCACCUUGCGGGGACUCCGUACGAGCGGUCAAAGAUCACCGACGAAUGGUGGACACCUCGCAGCGCUGGCCGCAGAAGUUCCCAACUGAUCUCCCAAUCUCCUUCUCAACUGAAGACCUUGUCGGAGUAAAUUUUCCUCACAACGAUCCUCUUCUCGUCGUUUUAGCUAUCGAUAAGUACGACGUCACCAAAGUGCUGAUCGAUACUGGCAGCUCGGUCGAUAUCAUUUUUCGCGAAACUCUCGUAAAAAUAGGAAUCGACUUAAAAGACGUGAAACCGUCUUCCAGGACUCUCACCGGCUUUAACGGCUCUUCCGAAGUAAUCAUGGGAACUAUCCGUCUCUCGGUACAAGCAGAGGGAGUAGCUCGGAUGGUCAAGUUCUCGGUAGUCAGCACCAAGGCUCCCUACCACGGGAUACUAGGCACUCCAUGGUUGUACUCCAUGCGUGCGAUCGCAUCCACGUACCAUCAGUGCGUCAGAUUCCCGGGAAUGGAUGGCACGAUUAAGACAGUGAGAGGAGAUCAACGGGCCGCACGAGAUCUCUUAAUCGCCACGGUCAAACUGCAGCGAUCUCAGUCGCUAGUCAACUCGAUCUCCCCUCCUAUCAGCAAGAUCUGCCCACAAAAAGAAGAGGUGCUCGAAGUCCCAGUCGACGAAUCGGAUCCAAGUAAAGUGCUACGAGUAGGCGCUUAUCUAUCGGACGAGAUGCAACGUGAUAUCACGGAUUUCCUGAAGCAAAACUUGUCUACCUUUGCUUGGUCGAUGACUGACAUCAGGGAAUCGACCAUUGUUGAGGAAGUCGAGCGCUUAUUAAGCGCGGGCUCAAUAGCAGAAGUUCGUUACCCGGAAUGGCUCGCUAACCCGGUGGUUGUCAAGAAGAAAAACGGCAAGUGGCGCAUGUGCGUCGAUUUUACCGACCUCAACAAGGCCUGCCCAAAAGACAGCUACCCGCUUCCGAACAUCGACAGACUUGUCGAAUCAACUGCCGGCAAUGAAAUGCUCACGUUUAUGGACGCUUUCUCGGGAUACAACCAGAUCAUGAUGCAUCCUGAUGAUCGAGAGAAGACGUCGUUCAUAACCGAUCGAGGAACUUACUGCUACAAAGUAAUGCCCUUCGGGCUGAAGAACGCCGGUGCGACGUACCAGCGACUUGUCAACCGCAUGUUCGCUAAACAGCUCGGUACAACGAUGGAAGUCUACAUUGAUGACAUGCUCGUCAAAUCAGUCCGAGCAGACGACCACCUGGCACAUUUACGGGAGUGUUUCGACAUCCUAAACGCGUACAAGAUGAAGCUAAACCCGGCCAAAUGCACCUUCGGCGUAUCGUCCGGAGAAUUCCUUGGCUACAUAGUGACGCAGCGGGGAAUCGAAGCGAACCCGAAGCAAAUAUCAGCCGUCCUUGAUCUCCCCAGUCCGAGAAACUGCCGAGAAGUCCAGCGACUAACAGGCCGAAUCGCAGCACUUAAUCGUUUCAUCUCCCGGUCCACCGAUAAAUGUCUCCCAUUCUACGAUCUCCUCCGAGGAAACAAAAAAUUCAUUUGGGACGAUAAAUGUGAGGAGGCUUUUAAUCAGCUCAAACAUUAUCUGACGACGCCUCCUAUCCUGGCAAAGCCAGACAUAGGCGACGUUUUAUCUCUCUACAUUGCGGUCUCAUCUGCCGCAGUCCGCAGCGUACUAAUCAAGGAAGACCGAGGAGAACAACGACCUGUUUUCUACAUGAGCAGAAGGAUGACCGGACCAGAGACCCGGUACCCGACACUUGAAAAAAUGGCCCUGGCCGUCGUCGAAUCAGCGAGGAAACUCCGCCCCUAUUUUCAGUCACACUCGGUAGAAGUUCUCACCGACCAGCCGCUCAGAACUGUCUUGCAAAACACAAACAGAGCUGGCCGCCUUACCAAGUGGGCGAUCGAACUCGGAGAGCUCGACAUCACCUACAAGUGUAGAACUGCCGCUAAGGCCCAAGUCCUCGCCGAUUUCCUCGUGGAGUUAUCUCCGGAACUCGCUCAGGAUUUGGAAACUUCAGAUCCAACCUGGAUCCUGCAUGUCGACGCAUCAAACAACGAGGCGGAGUAUGAAUCACUCAUCGCCGGCCUUCGCCUCGCCAAAGCAGUCAAGGCUAAGCGGCUCAGUGCAUACUGCGACUCGCAGCUCGUCGCCAGUCAGUUCAGCGGUGAUUACGAUGCGCGCAACGAUAGAAUGGACGCUUACCUCCGAGUCGUACAGUCGUUAGCUAAAGAGUUCGAAUUCUUCGAGCUCACAAAGGUUCCCCGCGGAGAAAAUGUAUGUGCCGAUGCAUUAGCAGCACUCGGAAGCAAGCUCUGCGAUCAAGUCAAAAGGACUAUUCCAAUCCAUCGAAUCGAGAAACCAAGUAUCGACAUCUCAACGGAAUCAGCUAACUUCGUCACCACGGAAUCCGAAACAACGUCCUUAUCUGAGACCAACGACGACUCCGAGAUGACAGACCAAGAUCAACUGAUACCAGACUGGAGGACUGAAUUCAUCCAGUAUCUCACCAAGGGCACGCUCCCCACUGAUAAAUGGGCCGCAAGACGAUUAAAGAGGCGUAGCGCGCACUACGUCGUCAUGGAAGAAGAACUCCACCGGGUAACAGCUAACAAGGUACUCCUCAAAUGCAUUUUCGCCGAGCAAACGCAGUUAGUAAUGGCAGAAACUCACGAAGGAGCGGGUGGAAACCAUUCUGGAGGUCGGUCACUAGCCUUGAAAAUUCGGAACUUGGGAUUCUUCUGGCCAACUAUGAAUACCGACUGCGAAGCAUAUGCCCGGCGAUGCGACAAAUGCCAACGACACGCUCCGAGUAUCCACAGCCCAACCGAGCUACUGCGAACUUCCGCAGCACCUUACCCAUUUAUGCGAUGGGGGAUGGAUAUCAUCGGACCAAUGCCGAAUUCUCGCCAACGUCGCUUCGUGCUGGUAUUGACCGAGUAUUUCACCAAAUGGAUUGAAGCAGAAGCCUUCGCGCAGGUUACAGAGAAGGAAGUUCGCGGCUUCGUUUGGAAGAACAUUAUCUGUCGCCACGGCCUACCAUACGAGAUCGUGACGGACAACGGAUCACAGUUUAUGGCCGGAAAUUUUAAAGAUUUCUGCAACAAGUGGAACAUCCGACUAAGCCCUUCAACGCCGAGGUAUCCUCAAGGAAACGGACAAGCAGAAUCCUCGAAUAAGAUUAUCAUUGACGGAAUCAAGAAGCGCCUUGAUCUCAAAAAGGGACAUUGGGCCGACGAACUCGACGGCGUGCUUUGGUCGCAUCGGACAACCCCCCGAGGAGCAACAAAAUCUACUCCCUUCUCACUCGCUUACGGUAUGGAGGCGAUGGCUCCGGCCGAGGUCAAUGUAACGAGUCUCCGCCGGUCCAAGAUGCCUCAGCACGUUGAGCUUAACCAAGAGAUGCUGCUAGAUGCCCUCGAUGGGCUAGAAGAGAAGCGCGACCAAGCCUUACUUCGGAUCCAGAAUUACCAAAACAAAAUCGAGAGCUACUACAACAAGAAGGUCCGCUCGCGUCCUCUCGAGCUCGGUGAUCUGGUUAUAAGAAAAGUCUUCGAGAACACCAAAGAACCCAACGCUGGAAAACUCGGCGCGAAUUGGGAAGGACCAUAUAAGAUCACUCGAGUCGUCAAACCAGGAGUAUACCGACUCGAGACUUCCCGCGGAGAAGCAAUCCCACGAGCUUGGAACUCCAUGCAUCUUCGUCGUUUUUACUCAUAA